CAAUGUCAAAAAUGCAGUUAGUCUCUUCCCAUAUAGACGCCUGCACAAACACUCGUCAAGCAUAAUACAAGAGGUCUGCAUGCUGAUCUCUUCAACAUGGGGUCUCCACUUCUGCUGUGUCUGGUGGCUUUGCUCUUUAUAAGCUUAGAAAAAGUCCAGAGUGGAGUAAUUAAAGUACAUGGACGACCACCUAAAAUUUCGAGGCCACACAUAUUAUUGCCAGGAGAUGGGAUAAAAGAGCUGAGUGGAGAAUCUUCAACAUCAGGAGAAAGUGGAGAUUCAUCAGCAUCAGGAGAAAGCGGAGAAACAUCAACAUCAGGAGAAAGUGGAGAAUCGUCAACAUCAGGGGAAAGUGGAGAAUCAGGGGAUGGUCCACCACCAGAAUCACCUUUUUUCCCCGUUGGACGUGAUGCAAUACAACCUGCUCUCUUUGAUGGAGAGUAUGUAACAGUUCUGCUGCAGAAACCAUUCUUGUAUGCUGGACAAAUAUACCAUCAGUUUUAUCUGAGUAUGGAUGGUUACGUGGCUUUUUAUGCUCCAAAUAUUGAUGACGAAGUCCCCGAUCCACAACUUGGCAAAGAUGUCAUCGCUCCACUGUGGACUGAUCUGGAUGCUGACAGUGGAGGAAAAUGGACCUACGAGCAAGCAACAGAAGGCCCUCUUUUACAUAUAGCUACAGAGGCAAUUAACAGGAUGUUCCCUGGUUUUCACUAUUCUGCUUCCUGGGUCUUUGUCUCCACUUGGGAAAAUGUUCCACUUGAAAUGUCUUCUUUUCUGGGUGCAACGUUUCAACUUGUCCUGAUCUCAGAUGAUAAGGCACACUCUUUCAUGCUGAUGAACUAUGGUCCCAUUGCUUCUAUUUCCUUCCCUUAUUGGCUGGCUGGGUAUGAUGUGAAAAACACUGACUUUGUCAUCAUUCCAGUAAACGAGUCCUCUCAGCUGUCUUACUCUAGUAACGUCCAUAUCCCUGGUCGCUGGGCUUUUCCAGUUCCCAGGAGAUCUACAGGUCCCCCUGUUCCUGAUUUUUUCUAUCCAUUCUGGCAUGGUACAGAAGUGGACAUUUUUGCUAAUGAUGGAAAUUCGCCUCAGAUAACGCUUCAGCAGGCAUUCCAUUACUUUGAAACCUAUCAAUCCACAAUAUAUGUGAAUAAGAAUGGUGUACUGAGUUUUUCUAAACCACUUGACGAGCCCAGUCCUGAUUCCUCAGAAGAAAUUGAUGAAAACAUCAUUGCUGCUCUCUGGACUAACUUUAAAACUGUUCCCACUGAGAAAGUCAUCUAUCAGGAAGUCACCGGUGGUCCUCUUUUGUCACGUGCGACACAAGACAUCAAUAAUAUGUUCCCAGCGGAUAAUUAUUACUUUUCAGCUUCAUGGCUGUUUAUAGCCACAUGGGAAGUAAUGUCAUUUGCCAACUCCGGGAAUGCAACGUUCCAAGCAGUCCUGGUUUCUGGAACUGCAGGAGACUCCUACAUCAUGCUGAACUAUGCACAGGUUUCUUCAGCUGAUCAGUACUGGCGGGCUGGCUAUGAGGCAGAGGACGGCAGCUCCUAUUUCAUUUCAGUAACAGACACCUUUAACCUCUCUUCAACUACUAACGUCCAAAUUCCUGGUCGCUGGUCUUUCCAAGUCGCUACAUCACCCUGUCAAUCCUUGAACUGUGUUUGGGAUGAAGUUUGUACUAAGAAAAAUGGAGUUUACGGCUGUGCCUGUUCGAUGUACAAUGGAAAGCCCAACCCAGACACUUUUGAUGCUUAUGAAACAUGUUCAGGCAGUAGCGGAUCGCUGUCUCUGUCUCGCUGUCAGCUCUUUGAGGCCGGAUAUUCUGAAGAUUCUCUUCACCUUAAUGACCCAAGCUGCAAAGGGCAGAUCCAGUAUGACAGGCUGGUGUUCAGCUAUGGCAAUGGCUACUUAUGUGGCACAAAUCUGACGAAUAAUGGCACAAACAUCAUCUAUAAAAACAGUGUUGGAACAUCCGAGAGGAAAAGUGUAAUCAGUCAUGUUGGUGGGCUCAACAUUGACUUUUCCUGUGUGUACCCACUCAUCCAGAGCAUCUCUAUGCCCAUGGAGAUCCAUGCCAGGGGAGGGUAUAUAUAUAUUUUUUUUCCUUUUUUACUUACAUUUAAAUGGGUGACUUUGUGUUUUUGGCACAUACCGGAUUCUCUUUUUCACUAUCUUUUUUUCCCUUUCUAUUUUAGUUUUAUGUAUUUGUUAUCAUUUAACAUUUUAUAAGCAAUUUGGUUGCUU